UAAUGCUAGUGCAAGUCCUGGGCUAGAUAAGUUGAUCUAUAUAGCAAUCAAUUUAAACGAGCAUUCCCAUCUUCCCCAUACCAACUCUCCCUCGCAGUCAAGAAAAAGAACUUACAGAAAAACAGAAAAAUGGAGGACAGCAGACAAGAAAAGAUUAAUCUUGCGCCGUGCCCUUUCAAUUUCUUCUAACUCAGAAGGGUUUUAACUGGUCUGAAUAAUUACUGAUACACAUGCGAAUUCCAUCUCCGUCGAAACAAAAGUAGGAUUGUGGGAGAGAACUGCUGCAGUACAUACUGCUUUCUGUUGGACCAUCUUCUUCCAUAUACAUAACAUACUGAGUGUGAGGUUACUGGUUGUUGAACAUGGUGAAUGUAAGGCAAUAUACUAGGAUACAUUACAUACUUGUAAUCUGGAGGUUAGAUCAACAUUCACUUGAUUCGUGUCAGAUUUCUCACUUGCCCUGAGCUUCGAAGCUGCGAAUAAUGGCUAAAGGGGGUGCAGUGUGCAGAGAUGGUCUUGAAUCGAAUCCCAAGUACGCAAAUUAUGAAAUAGUGACGAAGAAGAUAGAGAGCAGCAGUUCUGUUUCUAAAAGUAGUAUUUUGGCGGCAGAAAAGCGAGGGGUAAAUGGCGUGCACGAGCUUCUUCAGUGUCCUACUUGCGCAGAGUCGAUGUAUCCUCCAAUUCACCAGUGCCCAAAUGGCCAUACCUUGUGUACAAACUGCAAGAAAGUCCAUAGCUGCUGCCCAAGUUGCCGGUUUGAGCUUGGGAACAUAAGGUGUUUGGCUUUGGAGAAAGUGGCGGAAUCACUGGAGCUUCCCUGCAGGUAUCAGAAUCUCGGGUGCCAUGAACUGUGCCCUUUCUACGGGAAGCACAAGCACGAGAAGCACUGCUCAUUUCGGCCCUACAGCUGCCCCUACGCCAGCUCGGAGUGCCCUGUGACAGGCGACAUCCCCUUUCUGGUGGCCCAUCUUAAGGAGGAUCACUCGGUGGACAUGCACGACGGGUGCACUUUCAAUCAUAGAUACGUGAAAUCCAAUCCACUGGAAGUUGAGAAUGCCACGUGGAUGCUAACCGUAUUCAAUUGUUUCGGGAGACAGUUCUGUCUGCACUUUGAGGCUUUCUUGCUGGGGAGUCGGGCGCCGGUGUACAUGGCGUUCUUGCGAUUCAUGGGGGAGGACGGCGAGGCAAGGAAGUUCUGCUACUCGCUGGAGGUGGGGGGAGGGGGGCGUAAGAUGGUGUGGCAAGGCAUCCCGAGGAGCAUCCGCGACAGCCACAGAAAAGUCCGCGACAGCCAAGAUGGGCUCAUAAUUCCACGGAGCAUGGCGCUCUACAUGUCGGGCCACGGCCUCGGCGGAGAAUCGGUUGCAGAAGCAGAAGCAGGAGCAAGACUUAAGUUAAGGGUUACAGGGCGGAUUUGGAAGGUGUAAUUCAUCAGUGAGACACAAUAAGCUAAUUAAGCUUGCGAAGUUGUAGUUUUCGAUCUGUUUUUUUUUUAAAACGAAAUAUUUUAUGUUGAAUGGAUGAAAUUGGGAAUGGCAAUGGCAAUGGGAUUUAAGCACAGAAACACAAUCGACAAGCCUAAAUCCUAAUCUGAAUCUGAAUUGAUGGAUGGAUGUUGCUUAGGACAGGACAGGACAGGACGACCUUCCUUUACAUCUU